UUGCGAGAUCUCGCAAAAGUAUUGCGAGCGCUCGCAAUAAGUAUUGCGAGAUCUCGCAAUACUUUUUUGCGAGAUCUCGCAAAGUUCUGUCCUACUUCGGUGAACCGGAAGUAAAACAGACACACAUGAUGGAGGAGCGUACACAUCAUAGACAUAAUAAAAGGGUAGACCCCGCUGGAGGUGCUGCGCAGCGAGAAAUGCGGCCGCCAUCUUGGUCAGGUCAAGCUUCCCAUACGCUCCGGUCAAUCAUAUUCAUUCAUUCAUUCAUUCAGCGAUGCCGGAGCACUGUGCGGCGUAUUCCUGUGCCAACAGGCGGACAGCAGAGAACAGGGCUCAAGGAAUAACUUUUCACAGUUAUGAUUACACGUUUUUUCAACAUUACACUUGACUGUAGAGUCAUUUGUAGGCCAAAGAGGAAGACAGUGGUGCAGAGUGAGGUGGAUGACCGGACCAAGAUGGCGGCCGCAUUUCUCGACAGCGCCCAUUCGUGGUAGCGGCCGAUGCGGGGUCUAUCUUUUAUUAUGUCUAUGGUACACAUCAUCCGUGCUCUGUUGCUCCUUCUUAUUAUUAUUAUUAUUAUUUUAGGCUUAUUUUAGGCUAUUUUAGGCGUGUUUUACUUCCGGUUCACUGAAUGGAGAAAAAACUUUUGCGAGAUCUCGCAAAAAGUAUUGCGAGAUCCCGCAAUACGUUUUGCGAGAUCUCGCAAAAAAAAAAAGUCCAUCCAUGUCCCUUUAGGGGCUCCGUAUCCUUGUGCUCCCAAACUUUGUUUCACAUUUAUCUGAGUUGCUUAUAAGGUGAAAGAAAGAGCUGUUUGAGGAGAGGGGUCACGCCCACGUUCUGCUGCUAAGGAAGAGCGUGAGAGUGUGCUUCUUUUAGAGUAUAGGUGGUAACGGUGGCAACACAGCAGGCGGGACAAUAUCGUUCAGUCUUAAUAAUCAUAUUUUCAUGAAGUUGGGGGGCCAUGAUUGUAAUUGAAAUCAGAUCCAUUGCCUGGUUCCACUAACUAUGACACCUGCUGCUGAAAUGUAAUGAGUCAAGCAGAUGUUCUUGUUGUUUGGUAGAUUGUGUACUGUGUCGACCUGUGUCAGAGAGACCCGGGCUGAAAACAUCCUCCUGUUAGAGCGCCUUCAGGCAUCCAACCUUGUUUGUUUAAUCACCUCUGAGAAAAUUAGACUUUCAACACAAACUUGACAAAGAUUCAAUAAUUGUAAAGUGGAUGUAUCAUAAUAUCCUGAUUUUAGGAUAUUGUUUUGAUGAUAAAGAUGUUUAGAUCUUUUUCUUUUUGCAAAUUAACUGAAUAUCAUUGAGUUUCAGUCAUAACCUCUACUAUAAUCUUCAUCUAGUCAACAGAAUAAAGCAGAGGCAGAAACUUAAAUUAAGAAGCAUCAGAAACAAUGACGCAGGUCAGCCAUAAAAUACCUUAACAGGGGUAGACUGUUAUAUUACAAUUCUUUUUCUCCCUUUAGCAAUGACUUGUCAGACUGAAAUAUUGAUUUAAUUGCAGAAAGAAUGAGGCACCAGGAAGGUAAAGCAGACAGGCAAUCAGGAAAAAACAGACCCAAACAGGCAAACAGGAUGACUGGCUAACAAUUAAUCAGGAAAUUAGAGAGACAGAUGACAACAGAGGCUGUGAAAGCAUAGAGGAAGAAAGGGUGGGCGGGUGGCUAAAUUUCACCUUGUUAAUGAGUGUUACAGAAUGUUUAACUCUUUUUAUCCCUGCUGGUCCAAGCUUUGAACGACCUGCUUCAGAAUCAUCUAAACUGACAUGAAGCAGGACAUCCAGCAGUAAAAAGGCAGGGGUUUGAUGUGAGGAGAGAGGAGUCCCCCCCCCCCCAGAAAUGAUCGGGGACAGAGAUUAUGCUAUUCACUGGUGAUGUUCAUUAGUUAGAGUCGUGUGUGUGGUGGAACAGAGCAGAACUGAUGUAGUCUUAUAAUUACCCAAACUGCUGCUGGGAAGUUAAAUAUGAAGUGACAUUAACUGUGAGCCAUGCAGCUCAAACAUGAGAUACAAAGCCUCGCUCUGCCGGCUGAUUUCAAUGUAUGAUUUCCUCCUUCAUGACUUUCUUUUUGACUGCAGAUGCUAAAAGGCUGCAGAGAUUUUCAGCUCAAUUUUCAGCAGGGAUGUUGUAACCCACGGUUCACCAAGUAACAAAACAGAAAAAUGUGUUUGGUGUUUCAAAUACAUCCUUAAGUACUUCUUGUCGAGGUUUUUAGUGUUGAAACUUCACGAAUAAAGGUUCAUAUGGCAUUUCUGUGACAUAAUUCUCUUCCUUAAUGUCACAGCCAAACUCCUGUGUGGUGUAACUUUCUCUGAAAUUCAAGUCUUUAUUCAAACUUGGGGAAGAGAUUCAUAUUUUAGCUAUAAUGAGCUGUACGCAUUCAAAACAUUGGGUUAAUCAGCAUGUCAGGCAGUCUGAAGUAGCUCUCUCAUCCAGCAGAGGGCACUUUCACCGCUACCUGAACAUCAAUUGGCACUCCUAACCUUCGCAAAGCGACACGGUGAUAAUUUUUCUACCAAAAUGGAAAAAGUGUGCAGCAAUCAAAGCCAUCCUCAGUGGACACUCAUAUCACCAUAACUCCUAAGAAGCGCUUUGUGGAAGUAUUUUUGGCUCUACACCACAGACAGCAAGCUAAAAGACAAAGGCAAAGACGAGGCUGUACUAUAAUUGCUUUGUAUAAAGCUGCUGUCUUACUCAUUUGGAAGGCAGCAGAGGAGGUGCAGUGGAGUGUGCAAUGUUAGCAAAUAAUAUUUGAAGUGAAUCUGUUCCUAUUCCUAACCAAGUAGUAUAGAGGUGUUUUUGGCAAAUAACAAUAAAAACAGAGUCACUGGAACUGCUCUGAUUGCCAUCUGGGUAUUGGUUUGUUGCAAAGAUUUUAAUGGUUUAAAGGGAUAUUCCGGCAUACAAUUAAGUAACACCAAGUUAGACAUCCCCUUGGAAGAUAAAUGUUACUGACCGCUUGCUUCUCUAGUUAUACCAACUUUAGUAACGACUGCAUGAUAGCAUUACACAGCGGUUUAAGGAGCCAUGCGCACACCUCAACCAAAAAGCCACUCUAUAGCCACAAAUAAUGCUCAGAACAGCACCAAACUUCAUCAACAGUACAUAUAGGGUGUGUUAUGGUGUGUUUGACCCUAAAUUAGUUUUACGCCGGAAUAUCCCUUUAAUGCUAUAUUUAAUGUUUGACCAAAUAAGAGUAUACCUUUGCCACAGAAGUAAUGUUGAGGACUACUGUAUUUUUGUAGCUAAAUAGAUAAAUCACUUUUAAUUGUAUAAAUUAUCUUUUGCUGCUAUUUUGUUUCCACUUGUUUAGUGUCUAGUAUGUCUCCAAGUUAUGCAAAGUCUUCUAGCUCAGAGUGAGGCACCCAGAAAGUGAACCAGCUGAAGUCUUUGAGUCUUUAUGAUUUCUGUAGUCCUUGAACAAACAGCUUUGACCAUCUGCUUGUAAAACUAGAAUCUUACUCGUGGAGAGUUGGUGUUGAAAAUGUGGCAUUUGCCGACCCUUCGCUCAAGAAUUACUCAAGGUUUUUAAGUGGACAGUUGACGUGUCAGUAGCCAAAGUAAUAGCGGUCCGUUAUUUAUUCAGUGAUUGGCUAUUUCACACACUUGCAACUCUUGUGGAUACCCCAAAGUUUUACUUCUUCACUCCUCUUAGACCUUGUCUUUUGUUUUUGUUUUUGUCUUUUGCACAUCUCUUCUUUUAAUCCCAUGAUACUGAGUGAGGUAGAGUCUGAGGAGGGAGCUGUCUGUCACAGACAAAAAUGGAAACACACACACACACACACACACACACACACAGGCACAAACAAAAUCACAGACACAUAACUUAAGCCUUCUCUCCUUGCUCUGAUUGUCAAUGAAGGCGCUUCGUGACGGUACAUAUUUCUUCUGAGAAACAGCAUCUGAUGCUUCAUCUUGCAGCGAGACUUAUAGUAGGUGUCAAAUUCCACCUUAAUAACAGGCAGGAUUUUUAGUCAAUAAGACAAGAAUUGAAACAGCAAGCUAAAUUUGAUCUUUUAUUUUUGUUUUUAUCUUGAGCUUACUAUGGAUUUAUCAGCCUAAGUAAAAGCCAAGAGGCAGUCAAUUCUAAUAUCAGGUUUUUUACCCCCCACAUGAUAUAUCUACUCUGAUUUUGUACUAAUACCUGCUUUGGUUUAUCGAAAACAACUGGUGGAGGGCACUGUGAUUGUUUCAUAGAGCUGUUUUACUAAACUAGCAUACAGUCCCUGUAUACACCUUCAUCAUAAAAUAACAGCCUGGAAUCCUAAUGCUUAAAUGAAGAAAACCAAGUCUGGAGCUGUCAUUGAGUGAGGCAGUGUAUUGACAAUUGACCACAGUCAACCAUUUUCAUUCUCACUCACACCUACAGGUAAGAGGAUGCAAUACUUUUUAUCAGGACAGGCUUUUUCGCAGGUUUGAUCUGAUAGUUUGACUCAUGUCCCAUCUGUAAACAUGGAGGAGGAGAACUUUAAGGCUUAUGCUGUUGCCAGUCAGCAGGGGGAGCUCGAUAUGUUUUGGCUUCACUUUUGGGAAAAGUCAUAUCCCCCAUCUUUUUGUAGACUCCAUGAACUGCAUGUUAUAAAGAUCAGGGUUUUAGUCCUUUGUGAAAAGUCAGUUUGAAUUAUUAGCUUUACAAAACGAUGUAUUUCUUUAACCAUGAAAGGUAGGCUAACUCAAUUGGUAUUUGUUUUUGCACAAAUUCAUAGUGUACAUCUGUUUUUAUGUUAUUGAAACAUUUUCAAAUUCUAUCUUGUGAAUUUUUCAAUCACAUUCAAGAGCCUCCAGUUUCUAAAAUAAACAGACACAUAUGUAAAUACACAUAAGGACUAAUGUCCUUGAACACAUGCUGAUAAGAGGCCCCAGGGGGGAUGUCACGCUUUCACACACUAUUAUACUUCUGAGGUUUUUCAAGUCAUCUGUGCAUAAGCUCACAUGCACAGCCCCUCGGGUAGCGCUGUUACUUGCCAGAGCAUGCUAAAUCAUACCUGAGGAAGCUGAAUCCCCCUGCUAACAAUGGUUGGAGGGUGUUAUAAACAAAGCUGAGCCCUUUCCUCGCCUUUCUGCCUCUGAUACCUCAAGCAGAUCUCCUUUCCUCACCUCACCUCUCUCAUUCUUACCAUAAUCCAAUGUUUCCUUGUCAUUCUUCCGUUUUAUUUCCUCACCUCAGCUCACCUCAUCUCCCCUCCCUUCUCUGUCCCAUGGCUCUCCUGUUGCACUGCGGAUCCAUCUGUUGGGUAGAGAAGCAAUAACGGCAAAGCUGGGCGACAACAUGAGGAAUCAAGCAGAAACACAAAGCGGGCUUUAAACUGGAUCCAGGUGUGAUGCCUGACCAGCUUGCCUUUAGGUUCUCCUCAGUGCCGUCUCCCGUCAAAAAACAGACAAAUAAACAGAGGUGUUUCUUUGGCCUUUUCCCCUCUUAUUUACAUCUGUCAGAGUCACUGGAAGGUAUAAAAGUAAGACAUUACAUGUGCACUGUGCUUCAGCUAACAGUUUGUGCCCUACUUCUCCUUAGUGAAAUGUGUAGAGGCGAACAUGACGGCUGUUUUUUUUUCCUUGAUUGAAUGCAAAGAUGCUUCAACUGACGGAUGAUCAAUGCAACUCCUCCCCUGUCCGUUGAUACAACAAAAUAUCCAGACAAGUUGGCCUCCUUUUCAGGCAGGAUUAAUGAUCGAUUUUACAUCAACAUCUGCAACAGUAAUUUUUGAUCAAUGUAGCUCAGUAAUUUUUUUAAAAACCUACUCAAUGGGGUUUCUGAGCUUGUGGUAUUCAUAAACAUAAAUGCAAAACUACUCUUUUCCUCCAGCAUAUUUGCUGCAUCUUACACUAUUGUGGUUUUGUGUCAAUAUUGCAGAGCCAAGAUGCCAAAGGUGCAAAAGAGGAUUAGGGCCAUUGAAAAAAAAGUCCAGUAUAUGUAUUUUUAUUAUUAUUAUUAUUGUUGUUUUGAGAAAAAAUUCAGUCUCCACUGCAAUGUUGUGGGGUCAGAUAUGGGAGGACUGUUCUGGACUGGGGUGUCUAAGGGAUUCAGAAGUUCCCUGUCAAGCCUCCCUCAGGUGUCUUGGGCCUGAUUUAAUGGCGCUCGCUUGAUAACUCUGGUAAUGCGCACGCCCACGCUUGUCAUCAGCCAGUGUGAAAUACAAGAAUCUGUGCUGGGCUGUGCACGUGUCUUUGAAAGCAUUCAAGCAAAAGAGAAGAUAAAAAACCCAUAACGCUUCUGUUGGCCUGAGUUUCCUGUAUUUAAAAUGAUAUAAAAAAAACAAAAAGGUUAAAUGUGUUAUCAUAAUCACAGUAUCUUCCCAGUACAGCCACAGGUACCUCUGCAUCAGCUGGGGUAAUAAGUCACUCCAGAGUAGCUGUCAGAGUGUGUUGUCAUUCAAUGUAAUCACCUAAAUCGCCUCAGGAUAAAGAAAAGAGCCCCUUCUGCUCACCAGGCUCAUGAAGCUGCAUCUACUCUAAACCCCUGAAAGCAUAGGGAAAAAAUGAAUACCAACGGUACUAAAUAUAUAUACUAAAGAAGAAGUGAGGAAAGAAGAAAGCUUUUCCUCUGAAAGGAUUGUAUGAACCAUUGGGGACUUCUGCUAGUUUAAUUGUGACAUCCACCCACCAGACCUGCCUCUUCAAUUCUAAAUAUAUUUAAUAUCUGAGGAUUAAAAUCUGAAUAAAUUCCCUAUAGUUAUGCCACAAUGAGCCAAUUGAGAAGGAGUUUACAAGAAUGGUAAAAGAGGAGUUCAUGACACCCCCUCAAGAGAUAAAUGUUGCCGACUGCUUGCUUUUCUAGUUAUACCAACUUCAGUAACUAUCGCACGAUAGCAAUACACAGUGGUCUAUGUCUCCACACGCAAACCUCAACCAAAAAUCCACUUUAUAGCCACAAAUAAUGCUCAGAACAGCACCUAACUUCAACAGGACAUGUAGGGUCCCAGCCAUAGUAUAAGCCAUUAAAUACCUUUUUACCUUUGCCUGGUUUCUUUAGCAAAGCAGAACAACUACCGCGUCUGCAGUGCAAAAUGAUUAAUAUGGUGACAGGUAUACUGGGAAUAUGGUAAUUAUUACUUCAAGGAAAUGAUCCUCUGCACUCAGUGAUUGACCUGUAAGGGCUACCGCCUAACUUAAUUUUACACCGUAAUAGCCCUUUAAGUAAUCGGCAUGUGUGGUUUUGUAAUGAAUUUUCCUUUAGUGAUCAGCAAAGUUCUUCUUGUAUUGUAACAUUUACAAAUAUGUUAUCUGAUUUUUGCUUUCCUGGUCUCCCAUCGUUCACACCAGGCAUUUCAGCCAAAAGAACCAAACAGGUUCACAGAUCAUUAUUUCUGUUGCAAUGAGAAGUUAAAACAACUUUUCUUCUGCUGAAAUGACUUUUGUAACUCUCUUGUUGUGGUGUGAUUGUUUGACACACACACACUGUCCCCAUGGCAACAGACAGACAUUGGUUUUUGCUAGUUUCAUGAUGCAAUUUAUGCCAGAGGUGGGAAAAACACAAAACACAAAAGGAAAAGACAGAAUAAUAAGAAAAAAAGUUGAGUAUAAACAGAAAAAAAUGGAUAGCUUUGAGAAAAUAGAAGCAGCACAGAAACAUCUAUUAUGUUUACCGUCUCCUCACACUGACAACACCUAUUUUGCCCUUCAUUUCAGCCGUGAUGGAAGAACAGACAGCUUGUGUUAUAUGACUCACAAAGAGCCCCACUCCAAUUAAACACAAUGGAUGAUUGUAUGUGUUUGUGUGUGUGUGUGUGUGUGUGUGUGUUGGUGCUGGGCAGGUACAGCUGGUGAUUUCAGUGGGGAAAUCAAAGUGGUGCUGAGCAGGACCUGAUCUGAGAGCAGUGACCCGCAGCCUGCACACACACACACAGACACACACACACACACACACACACACACACACACACACACACACACACACACACACACACACACACACACACACACACACACACACACACACACACACACACACACAAUGGAAAUAGCCUUUUCAAGACACACUGGACUAUUACCGGUUACCUGAUAAAAAGACAGUAACUAAACCUGAACGGUAAUGUGUGUGUGUGUUCAGUUGUGUAAAUUUGAGUGUGUUCAUGCUCAAAGUGCUUAACUCAUUUAUAUAUUUUACUCAUGGGUGUGAAGGAUUUGUAAUAACCUCCUUAUAUUCAAUAACAGUUAUAAUGACUCCCCUUUCAAACAGGGAUUUACAAUGAACAAAUGAAGCCAAUCCUCCUUAAACCCAACAAAACAAAACAAACAAACAAAAAACCUGACAGGAGAAGAACCCAAUGGCAAAACCCAACCAGCAUGAUAAACCCAUACAUUAUAGAAACCCAGGCCGCAUGUCAAGGGUUUCUACAAAUUUUUUUAAGGAUGAAUUCCCAACUUUUGAAGACCCAAACAAUAAAAAGUUUAAAUUUUUUUGCCAUAGCGAAACAAACAUCAUUUGAAAUAGAUGUGGCAUAUUUCAUAAACAUACAAUAAACCCUACGUUUACUGACUUUUUGUCAGUGACUUUUCUCAUUUUCUUCUUCUUCUCGCGGGUUGAUGACGCACACAUUUGACAGCAGUUCUUUGACUUUUAAGAAUUGUUGAAAUUGAAAAAAAAAAUGGCCAUCAUUAUCAUCGAACAAGAAUUUCUUAAAGCUCCAAUAAGUAACUUUCAAUUUGUGUGAAUAAUAAAAAUGAAUCUUUCUUUACAGCUGACAUUGGUCCAGUUUUUUGUGUUGGCUGUUUGGUAUGAUAAAGAAGGACUGUGAUAUCAUUAGCUAGGUAACUGGAUGUAAAUACAUAUACAUUAGAAGGGUUUGGCAUCUGUGGCUGGUUCUUCAACAAUAGUCUUGCUGACUCCUUGUAGGUAAUGCAUAAAUACCUCAUGUUACCUCUUAAAAAAUGACACUUUCCCUUUUACAGAAGAAGAGGUCAAUCCCCAAAGAAAACAAAUUUAUUAAACAAAGGCCGUCAGCCAGAUUCAGUUGUAUUGUGGUUUACCUUCAGACCAUAAUUUGGUAUAUUAUACCUCAACCCUUGGAGAAAAAACCCUCUGUAAAGAUGUGAGAAAUGGACAAUAUGUCCUCACAUGCAAGGUGUUGAGCUCAAACUGGUCCUCACAAAGAUAGAACUCUAUUAGAAACACACACCACCUGCCUGCCCAUUCAUACUCCAAAUCACUACCUCUAACACACACACACACACACACACACACACACACACACACACACACACACACACACACACACACACACACACACACACACACACACACACACACACAUAAUCAUUCAAUUACUCUAAACUUGCUCUAUCGAUUUUCAUUCACAGUGUCAUGCACACUGUGUUCAGCCUAGUGUGUGUGUGUGUGUGUGUGUGUGUAUGGGCCAGUAUAGUGAAUAGAUAGAGGUAAUUGAAUGCUAGAGAGACUGUGUGUGUGUGUGUGAGCCUUUAUAGUGAAGAGAUAGAGGUAAUCUGUAUAAGUGCUGCUACACUCUGAAACCUUUUAAAGCCUUGUCUGUGUGAGAUUUACCUAAGUGAGUGUGUGUCUGUGUUUGAGAGAGAGAGAGAGAGAGAGAGAGAGAGAGAGAGAGAGAGAGAGAGAGAGAGAGAGAGAGAGAGAGAGAGAGAGCGAGUCUGCCUUCAACACCACUAAGUUGCCAUUUUAAAUGGGCUUUCCAUCAGCAACUAAAUCAGAGACAAGAGGAACACAAAUUACAUUAAGAGAGUCUUAAAAGAGCUGGCUGUGCCUUGGUUUUUAACUUUACAGUCCAGAAAUUAAGAAUUCAAAAAUGUUUCCAGCACCCUCAGCACCUUAUAAUUUAUUACUACAACAAAGUUUUGAGUUGAUCUUUUAACAUAUUUCAUUGCUUUUCUGUGUCAUUUCAUUCUUUUCAAUACCCCUCUAACUUGCACAAAUACUGUCAGUUUAUGUACGCAACAGAAAAAAAAGUUCAUUUUAUACAUGAGAACUUUUCCUCCACACCCACACCAGUGCAUGAGUAUACUGUACAUGUGAAAUGAGUUUGUCAAUAGACUAAGCCCUUCCUCCUAGUAUAGCUGAGUGGUGGUAAUUGAUCUGCCAAUAGAUGAAAUCAGCUGUCUUUGUGUUUUUCACAGUUCCAACAUGAUCGCAAAACAAGCAUCUCCAAUUAGUAUGGAAGAGGAUUAGGGCAACUGGGAAAAAGGUCCAAUAUAAAGUGUAGAAUUGUGUUUUUAUUAUUUUGAGAAAAAAGCCAGAAUACAGAGAUUAAGGUCAGAAUUCUGACUUUUUCUCAAUAUAUGGAGAGAGAGAGAGACAGAGAGAGACUUCUUUUUCUAGGGGCCCUCAUCCACUUUCAUUUGCCAUUUAAAAGCAUUCAACAAAUCAAAAUCAAAGCAUCAUGUGCCAUAGCAUUAACAAAAGGACUUAACCCAGAAGUCAAUAUUUCCUAAUGUCACAUUUCUAAACAAGAACGAACAAAAAGCCUAACAAUCAAAAACAAAUACAGGUUUAAAGAUACUGAAAACAAUAAUUAACACAGUUAGUUUUUAAGCAGUUAGACUGUGGUAGAUAAAUAUAACAGUGAACAUAAAAAACAGGAGAACUUUCAAUCACAUUGUGGUUUUAAGGAGCAAAUAAUCUGAUUUACAACAUUUAAAUAAUCCUCUUGUUUCCAGAUAGUGACUUUACAAACUCAUUACAAAUGUCAACACAGAACUGUUGUCAUUACAUGUGAAGAUAUUCAGCCUGAGUUUGAAGCAGUGUGUAUAAAUCUGACUGCCUCUCCUCUGUGCACAAAGGUCAUUAACUUACGUCGGCUCAGUUUAAUUUUUCAUUAUUGUUACGAGCAUUACCAUGUUAAUGGUGUUUACUCCAGAGUGCCUCAGCUGAUUAUGCGCCCAGAGUCAUUUAUGAUUCCUCUGUCUCAUAUUGUAUCUUAUCCAGCUUAUCAGCAAACGUCUGGCUGUGAGGAGAAAAUUUGAGUAGGACAAAAAAAAGCUGAGUAUUCUCAAAAUAAACUUUUGAUUUAGAACAGCAGGGACUGGGGGGGUCAGGCAAAAUGUGUCCAGGCGACACAAGCACAUCAUGGAGGCUAUUAUUUAUCUUCAAAGUGUCAACAGAUCAAUAACAUAAACAGAUCAAUGCUUGAUUUGGAGGCAGAAAGUUGUAAUUACUUUGUAUUACUGUGAAAAACAGAGUUUCCUGGUAUGAGCUCUCUGUCUGCGGACAUAAAUCAAGCAGAAAAACAAACUUUUAAUGUUUUGUAGAUCAGAAAUCAAGUAAUUCAAACCUUUUUUCCCCCUCUCAGUCAGGUUUGUUUUCAGAUAAACAGAAACUAAAUUUCUGUUGUUUUCACUUGGACUGAAUGUCGUUGCUGUUUUUCUCGGUCUCUCCAGUUUUUGGCUAAAAUUUUCUGUGCAUGUUCCAACCUGUUCGCCAAGCAUUAUCUAUGUGUGUGUGCGUGCGUGUGUGUUUUGUAUGAGCAAGUGUGUGUGUGUGUGAAAGAGAGAGAGAGGGAGAGAGAGACAGAGAGAGAGACAGCGAGAGAGAGAUACAGGUCACAGAGUGUCAACAAUGGAGAGAGAUGAGUUCCACAUGAACGGUCCACCACCUCUGCUGCCGCUGUCUCUCUUUUCUCACUCUGUGCAUCCAUUUUCUCUCCCUCUUUCUCUCCUCUCUUGCUACAGCUCUUUCUAUCUCUCACUCUGUUGUGUUUUUUUGUUCUUCUCCACCUUGUUCUUUCUGUCUGUGUUCGUCUUUUUUGGCUCCAUGUCCUUUUUUUUCUUCUGCCAACUUAACCUUUCUCCUUGUUCAUCCUCUUCUUCUGUCUCUCACAUCUGUUUUCAAGCUCUCAGUCUUCCUACAAUGUCUACAUCUCCCUCAGUCCCUUGUUUUUUUGCACUUCCUCGCUCUAGCUCCCUUUUUUCAACUCCUUUUUCCCCUCUCUGUCUCACCUUGUCCUUAUUUGUCCUUUUUGUGAUGAAUGAGUAAAAUACAAACCCCAGUUCUUGUGAAGCUGGGACAUUGAAUGAACAUAAAUAAAAAUAGAAUACAUUGAUUUUCAAAUCCAUUUUCACCUGUAUUUAAUUGGAUAAUACAUGUCAUGUUCAAGCUGAUUAACUCCAUUGUUGUUUUGCAAAUAUUCACUGAUUUUGAAUCUCAUGCAUGCAGCAUGUUCCAGAAAAGUUAGGAGCAACACAAAAACAGAGGACUGCUCCAAAAACACCUGUUUGGAUCAUUCCACAGGUGAACAGCUUCACUGGAAACAGGCAAGUGCCAUAAAAGGAGCAUCCCCGAAAGGCUCUGUCAUUCACAAGCAGGGAUGGGGCGAGGUUCACCACUUUGUGAACAACUGCAUGCGCACAUAGUCCAACAGUUUAAGAACAAGUUUCUCAAUGUGAGACUGCAGGAACUUAUCAUCUACUGUUUAUAAAAUCAUCAAAAGAUUCAGAGAAUCAGGAGAAAUCUCUGCACGUAAACAGCAAGGCCCAAAACCAACAAUGAAUGCCCAUAACCUUUGACCCUUCAGGCAGCACUGCAUUAAAAACCCACAUCAUUCUGUAAAGGAUUAUCACCACAUAGGCUGAGGAGUACUUUGGGAAACCAUUGUUGAUCAACACAGUUCAUCUCUACAUCUACAAGUGCAAGUUCAAACUCUACCAUGCAAAGACAAAGCCAGAAAUCAACAACACCCAGUGACGCCAUCAGCCUCUCUGGACCUGAGCUCAUCUGAGAUGGACUGACAAGGGGAAAAGUGUGCUGUGGUCUGACAAGUACACUUUUCAAACAGUUCUUGGAAAUCAUGGAUGUGGUGGCCAAAGAGGUAAAAGACCAUCCGGGUUCUCGUCAGCGCAAAGUUCAAAGGUCGGUGUCAGUGGCUGUGGCAUGGCAGACAACAUCUGUGAAGGCUUCUUUGAUGCUGAAAGGUCCAUACAGGUUUUGGAGCAUCCAAGCCCGGUCUUUUUCAGCUUAUUUUGGUAAGACAACGCCAAGACACAUUCUGCAAGAGUUACAACAGUGUGGUUUCAGAGUAAAAGGGUGCAGGUACUACAUUGGCCCUCCUGCAGUCCAGAUCUGUUUCCCAUUGAAAGUGAAAAGUACAAAAUACCACAGUGGAGACCCUGGACUGUUGAGCAACUAAAGUCACAGAUUGAGCAAGAAUGGGAAAGACUUUCACCUCCAAAGCUUCAACAAUUGGUGUCCUCAGUUCCCCAAUGCCAACCGAGUGUUGUUAACAGGAAAGGUGAUGUUACACAGCGGUAAACAUGACCCUGUCCCAACUUCUUAGGAAUGUGUUAUAGGCAUCAAAUUCAAAAAGACCAAUACUUGUAAUUUUUUGUCACAAACAACUGUGCAACAAUGAAAAGCAGAAUUAUAAUCCUCACUAAUGUACUAUGUUUGCCAACCAGUCACCCUGUGGUUUACCUCCCUCAGUGUUUCUCACAGGAUCACAGCAUAACUAAAGAUAGUCAUGGGAAUUUGAAACAACAGCUGGACAAUAAAUCUUAGUUUCAUCAUUAUCACAACUUGAGUAAAAAACAAAACUUUUGUGAAAGCUCUGAAUUUAUAGCACAAGUUAAGAAAAGUUACAUUUUGUUCUGUAAUGAGACUUAUUCACUUAGCAUGAGUAUGUUCGCCCUGUACGAUGUAGACUUGGUUACAAAGGGUACCUAGUGCUGCUAGGCCAAAUAUCGAAACCUCUAUGGAAUAACAGAUCAGGAUGAUAAGAAAAAAAAGUGCUGUGACAAAAAGCAUAACCAAAACUCGAUCUGGAUUUUUAAUAUUCUUGUUUGACCCAUGUUCCAUCUCUUUUACUGGAGGAGGUGGGGUUUAAGACCUAUACUGUGGCUAUCCACCAGGGGGGAGCAAUAAGCAUUAUGGCUUCACUCGAAAUAGCUGAUGUGCUGUCCAUCCUUUUAUCAAGUUAAUUGUCUGUAUCAUAAUCAUUAACAGGACAGACCAAACCUACCACUCUCUUGCUCUUUGUUUUGACGCUGUAGAUCAUCCAAAUGUCACUCAACCUCUCAUGCACAACUGUGUGCAGCAGAAGGAGAAAACAACACAAAUAUUGACUUAAUGUAAAGAUUGUGGCAGAAAACAGCAGCCACCAUAAGUUCUGCAUCUUUGUCUCCAUAACUUUCCUCCACAGUUGUUGUUGUGACUCAUAUUGCCAUACACUUACAUUCUGAUAUGCAGGCCUCAUUGCUCAUGUCCUCAACUGCAGCUUUGGUUUCUGAGAAUGGUGCGUGGACGUGCUCAUUUUAUGCAUAACACACAACAAAACUGCACAAAGUCUCUGCUCUCCCUCUGUUCCAGUCCCCAGAGAACCUUUUGUAAAAACGUGGUCAUACCUUGACUGUGGCUGGGGGACUAUCGCUUAGUACUCCAGUUAGAAAAGGGCGAGUUGAACAAAGAGCUGAGCAUGGCUCUGCUUCUGUUGGAUUUAUAACAUCAAAUCUGGCAAAACGUUAUGUUGGUUAAAUUCAGCAUUAAUUUUAAGAAGAAUUUUGAAGUCUUUGUUAUUUCAGAAACAUAUUGUAGUCGUUUUGACUUGAGUCAAGAUUUUGUCAGAGGAACCGAGUUUUUGUUUUCAUCUUAUUUUGGUCGAAACUUUAUCUGUGAUAGUUUUUAAAAAGAGACAUAUCUCCUGUUUGUUAAAAUUUUGGUUGAAUGAAAAAAAUACCUCCCUUUCAUCCUGGGUGAACACAUCUUUAUUACCUUGACUUCCUUGUGCCAAAGACAAAAUUGAAUGCCAAAAACUUUUAAAAACUUUUCCAGUCAAACUUUUAAAAAACACAGAUUCCAUCUUCACUCCAUUGAGCCCCAUUGAACUGAACUCUGUCAUUGUUUGCUGAAUGACUCUGUGUCUAAAUGUAAGUCUGAAGAAAUCAUGAGUCAUAUUUUAGAAGGAGGACGUAAACGUGUACGAUAUUGUAGCUUGAGUUUGUUAAAGUCAACAAUCAGCUAUUGUAGCGCGGUUUACUAAAUCAAAUAGAUCAAUAGAUAUUUGACUCCACAAAGAACUCUGAGUUUAGUUACUAUUACAUUUGAGUUAUUGUGGAUUUGUAUCAGCAGAUCAUCAUACAUCAUUGUUAUAUACCUUGGCGGACACUGCAAGGAACUCCUCAGGUGUCAUCCUUAAUUUAUCAGGAUCUUGUAACCAUAAGGUAGCCUGUUCUAACCAGUGAUGAUACACACGUCUUAUCUCUAGAAAUGUGUGCUCGCAGGUUGUCACUUUUCUCCCGGCUCAAGGUUGCUAUGAGGUUCUUAUUUUGGUGAUGCUAGCUGUCAGCAGGUAUUUUGUUCGACCUUUGAUAGGAUCGUUGACAGCAAGUUACUUUUGGCUUCCUACCAGAGACUGUAAACAGAUCUUAGUGGCAAACGCUGUGUGAAAAAUCAUCUCAUGAUGAUGGAAAAGAUGAAUGAAGCUGAUGAGAUUUGUAGCACAUAAACGAUCAGUUUCAACAAACAAUGAUGUAACUGGAUGUCCACCCAAACAGAGCUGAACAUUUCGUCUUAUUAUUCAUCAGAGCAUUUGUGAUCAGAGAUGUCCUUGUUAGUUUGUUUACCAUUGUCAUCAUCUCUAUUUAGUGAUAAAAAAUAACUAAAAUGAAAACAGGUUAAUGACAACCAUGUAAGCUCACAUCCAAGGUAUUGAUCAUACUAGGUUGAAAUUGUCUCCAGAGUAACAGAAUCAUUUCUCUUCACUGACAAUCUUCCAACUUCAUGGAUCUGUAACUCAAACUAGACUUUCUGAAUCCUCAAUGUUUGAUUUGACCAAAUAAAACACCCAGAGCAAUGCAGCCAAUCAAGAUCUCCAUUUAUGUUGAAUUUUCACCCCUGAUACCUUUUUUUUUAUAUUUACGCUUCAUCACUUCAUCCCCCUGUUCCCCACCUCCACCACCACACCCACCUCUCCAGCGCUCUGUUUGUAUAUUUGUUCGUUUUGCUCUGCCGCUCCCCCUCUAUCCUCUAAUCUCUAGUUUAAAUAAGAAGCAUGAGCAUGCAUGGCUCACGUACGCACACAUUAACACAAAAAACAGGCACACUUUUUUAAAACCUGCACUCACACGUAUACACGCACGCAAACGCACACAUGCAGGCAAGCGUAACGUACAGAAAACACAAACAGUGGCGCAGAAGUGAGAAAGACCCAAAUACAAAUUAAAGUGUAGACAUGCAAACAUGAAGAUUUACUCUCUCUGUCUCUCUCUCUCUCUCUCUCUGUCUCUCUCUCACACACACACACACACACACACCCUCCUGUGACUCUCAGGUAAAUGCUGCUAGUUUUGCAUUUUAACCACUUGAGGGUGGUAGAGGGCUUUAGCUCAGCGGUAUAUUGAUCUACACACACACACACAAACACACAUAAAUGCAUGGAAGUGUACACACAUCCUCACUGGGAGGUGACGAUGUUGUACAGUGGAGUCCUUGAGCGGUGGCUCUCUCACUGUGUGACCAAUCAGAAGCCUUUUAUGCGCUCAGGCUACUGUAAAUGUAUAUGAAAGGCCCCGGCUUUGUUUGGCUGUGAAAUUUAGUCUCUGAGUCAAAACAUGAUGUGAAGUGAAAGGAUGUGGAUUUUUUAUUUCGUUCAGCAGUCUCUCUUCCCCGGCUUUACAGAGGCCCUCCAUAAGCAAAACAGGUCAAUUUUAUAAAGAUUAUUUCACGGUACUGGGGUUUACUUUUCAGCAGCAUACGGUUCUAAGAAUAGUGGGAGACAUGCUGGAGCUGGUGAGUGCUGGUCCCAACCUUCUGACACUUGAAGUAUACACACACACACACACAUGCACACAUACACACACACACUUUCGCAGUGUUUUAAAUCUUGAUCAAGACAGAGAGCUUCGUUCCCUCCCUGCAGCCAGAUCCGACAGCAAACACAGCAGAAACCCGAGUGCUUGAUUUACUUUAAUCUUGCCAAUAAUGUGUCUGCGUUGGCGGCUGUUCCAGUCUGCUGAGGUAAAUCAAGUGCCCCUGAACUACUUCAAAUAUUUGAAGUUGAAGUGCCAUUGUUAACACAGGAAACAAGACUUGGCUUUUGAGGAGGGAAGAAAAGGGAACACCCAUCGACAUGCAAAUCUGUGCCUCAUUUGAACGUUUGAAGUUCAGCCCACCUGGCACCUCUCAGUACUUUAUUUGAUAAAGAGCAGUAGGAGAGUUCAGGAAGCAUAUUUCACCAGUGAUAACCUGCUUAAAGAAUAAAUCUGUCUCUUCAUUUUCCCCCCUCUAACUGCUGCUCAUUGCUCAGUUUCAGCCCUACAGAGGCCCCACAUUAGCGCAUCUGGUUUCAUUAUUCAUCAUGUAAUCUUUUAGCAUUCAAUCAGAAAACACAUCACAGCUGCUCCUGUUUUAAUAAUUGCCUUGCUUGGACAAUAAAACAAACAGGACGACGCUGCAUACAGAAUCAAUGUAAAUUCCAACUGGCCAGCAGGGACCAGCUAUACGCAGCAGAAAUGAGGAAUUGUAAUGAAGCUGUGGUAGUAGAUGCAGACACAUUCUGCCGCAGAUUUCGCUGAGAUCUGGUUUUUGAAACUCAUCCAUGGGUACAUUUUAUGAUGAGAGCUUAAAGGAUGUGUAACCUGAAAAAUGUAAACAGAUGUGGUCUCUCGUGAAAACAAAAACAAGCACAAACAUUGGAGAAAAGAGUUAGCAAUCAUGCGUACAGAUGAAUACAGUUCAUUUAUGUCUGAGCUAAGCGAAGUGAAAACCAGCUGCAUUACUUUAUCCUAAAGUGACAUUAAAAGUCUCUUUAUGCAAGUGUUUAUUCUAUAGUUUCAGUUGUAUUUAAGUCUUUGAGUCUCUUGUGUUGGUUACAAUUCAGUCAGAGGUACAUGUGCUGUUGUGUAGCUUGGCUCUGCUAAAGUGGAUCAUGAUCAACUAGUACAGCAUGCCGAUCGCCAACAGAUGCUAAGUUGAGUUUUGCUUGCUUGUCAAAGCACGCUCCUGUCGCGCAAACCAUGACAUGCACCGAGUUAAAAAUCAUCCAGUGACAAUGAAGAUGAUGAGUAGAGGUCCUGAGAAUUUGCAGAUGAAUUAUGAGUCAAUCAUUUUGUCUUGUCAAAACUCAUCAGAACCAUAGACUGUAUAUAGAAUGGACAGCGUCCGCCUCCUUGAUGGGUGAAGCCACCGCGAGAACAGCAACAUCUGUUGAUGGGCUGCAGUAUAGGUCAAAAAUCCCACUUCCUCCAGCAAUCCCUGUGGGGCUGUGGACAAACUUUAGAAAUUUAUUACACAGAAUCUAAUUUUUUCUCCCCCCUGGCUGUGAUGUUGACAUGUAGUUACAGUAAGACUGGUUUGUGUUUAAGUUCUCUUUUUUCUGUACAGCUCCAUUUUUAAAAGUUAUAAAAGGGUUUAUGUUUUCUUUGAUUGACACCUGAUACAGCCUAUGGGCGUUCAGGGAUUGCGUAGCUCACCCGAGGAUAUGCUGUUUAGGCCAAGCGUCAUCACAACAACUCUCGCCAACUCUCCCGCCGAAUGCGUACAAUGCUACUGUGCAAGGGUUGGUUCCAGGAGGUGGAGAAAAUCCAGGAAAUACUGAGAGCAAUUCAGCUUCAAAUUCAUGUAAUGAGAACAUUAGAACAUUUAUGAUCAGAACUUUUAUGAACGUCAUCGUCUUAGUUUAAUCAUGGAAAGGUUGUACGUCACUGAGUAGUUAUCUUCAUUUUCGUUGACAAAAUUAACACUAUAUAAAAUGCGUGAGGAAUUUUAAUGACAAACUGAUAUAAAGUCUUUCAGUUGAUAAAAGUUUCAUUGAUAAUUUGAAUAAAGUAAUUAAUCAUAAAGUCUCCACAUAAUCACUCAAAUAACUUGAGGCAGUUGUAAUUCAGGACAUGCAGAAAAUUGUAAUAUUUUAUAACCUUGGAUCUUAAUCUUUUAUCUCUCACAAUCAUCAAAAGUUAUUUGAUUUCAGUCAGUCAGCUUGAUCACUUGAAACUACAUGGAUUAAAAUACUUUCCAUUUGUUACUUAUUAUGUAUUUUUCUUAAGUUUCAGCAUUCUUCAGUGUGAGUCAUAGUUUAGGACUUUAUAAAGUUACCAAUGUUUGAUAGAUGGAGGCACUAAAGAGGCAGUAUUUUUCCAGCUUCUUGCAAACAUGUUUACAAGAGCUAACAAGAUGAUAAUAUUCCAAUAAGCAUGUAUUUUUUUAAACAUUUAAAAUCUCGCUGGACCCCUCGGUGCUGUGCCUUCUGUGGAAACUGCAGCUUUUCCUCCAUUAUGUCAGAUUGCUGAGAUUGUUGACACUUUUGACACGUCUGUGAAGUGCCAGCUGUUCAGGCGGGCUGUGUGUCCUUAAUAGACUCAAAAUAGUGACUGCCUUUAAAAAGUAAAGCAUUAACCAUUUGUUGGGUUGGAAAAUAUGGAGAACCAGAUAUCCUUUCUUUCUUUCUUUCUUUCUUUCUUUCUUUCUUUCUUUCUUUCUUUCUUUCUUUCUUUCUUUCUUUCUUUCUUUCUUGUGUGUCUACGAGCAAGCAAGCUGAGGGCGCAUCGUGCUGGAGUGCUGAUGGACAUAGGUGUGAUUAACACCUCACCAUACGCUCUGAUAGUGCGAGCCAUACUGCCAACCACUGUGUUUGUGUGUCUCCAUGUGUGUAACUCGGCUGUCAUGCAGUUCGUGGACAUUUCUCAGUGAACUGGACCCUGUAGCAAAAAGUCCUUGACCUGGAACACUUCUUUCUUCCUAAACUUGUGCAGUGAACAGAUCCACAUGUGGAGGGGGAUGUAAGUGUUACUGGGGCCAGCCUGCCGUUCAGGGCAAAAACCCAGAGUUAGAUCUUCGGAGAAUAUUAUGGAAAGAAAGGGAUACAGUAGAAAGGUUAAAGGACCCACAGUAAGCAAAUUUGAAAAGAUUGGGGAACAUAAUUCAUGCAUUUGGUGCUGGAAGGAAGUGGGAGGAGAGAUUUCAGCCAGGUUGGUCCAUCGACAUAAAAAAAAAAUAAAGAAAUUGGUCAAGAAGAGGAGAUUGUUAAAGUUGCAGUGGAGAGAGGUGACAGUGGAUGGAAGAGAGGGAAUUGCAGGAGAAGCUUAGAAACAGGUUGGAAGGGCAGAAAAAAAUCUAUAGAGGCAGAGAAAAGAAGGAGUCAAGACAGAAUUUUACAGAGACCAUUUUCGUCGGGAGAGAGAAAGGGCAACCUAAAGCUUCAAAGUAAGAGGUAGAGGACACCUACAAAAAGACUCACUCAGAGCCAAGGAAGAAUAGAAGACUGGGCCUAGCUACACUGCUUGGAGAGAUCAGGGUUACUUUAGGCGUUAGGCCACCAAGGUGGAAGGAGGAAGAGACUGUAGUGAGGUGAACAAAGGCUUCUUAAGCCCCUUCUUCAGGUCAAACAAAAUCCCCUACCGGGUUUAGGAAAGUACACCAAAUGACCUUAAAUUCUUGAGGAAGUUAUUACUGUGGAAUAAAACAAGCGUUACAGUCCCGAAGAUUGGUACCUCAACAACCAAAACAAAUCCUGCGAAAUAUAGGUAACAUUCGGGAAUAAUGACGUCACAGAGCUCUUUAUUUGCCAUCCAACCCGCCUGUAGCAAUGCUCCGUUUUACAGCUGAACUCUUCCUCUUACUGAUGUAGAGGUUUUAAGGUGCUAGAAAGGGAUCAUUACCUAAUCAAAUUAUAAACAAACACUGGAGAGGUCACACAUUUUGAGGCUGUGCCACACAAGUCAUUGUGUUAUUGUGAUUUUUUGUGGCCAGAAUAAUCAUGAAGAGAAAUCUGAUAUCAUGACAGCUUUAAUACAUAGCAGAGUGUACAUAUUCUAAAAAUAAGACAGAGAAAAUUAAGUAACAGAGGAAUGUAAUAGGACACACCAGGAUCCUGCAUUUCAUUCUGGGGUUGCAGCACCGUCUGAAUUUCAAAGUUCAGCUUGGAGCCUCGUGUGAUGCAACCUCGGUAAACAGAGCAGGUGCACACGACUGAUUUUCAACAACACAUGUUCUGUUUUUAUCAUUUGCAUUUUUAAGAUAAAUUAAACCUCCGUACAUGCUACUUUAGUCUGAGUGGAUGGAUUACAUUGAUGAUUAGACUGCAGCAGAGUACAUCUCUAAAGAUACCUCCUCCACCCAGACCACAUCAAUCUAAAACGCCCAAGGCUCCAAACUCAUUAAGCCUUGAGAAAGUUCUCUCAUCGAAGCAGAAAGACAUGCGGAGAAGACAUAAAACAGCCGGGUAAACACAACUUUGAAUCUCUCUCGCUGCAUAACUAACUGUCAGCUGCUCUCCAUCAUCAUAACUGCUUACUAAUUCACCCGAUUUUUCCCCCUCACUCCCCGUAGAAGUGUGCAGCUCGCGAGUGAUUAGUUCAUUUGCAGCUAAUCUCUUCUGCGAAUGGGGUCAUUAGGAGUAUUGUGAGUGAUGUCAUGACAUCCGGGCGUCACAGUUUUGCUGAAUUGCUGCUCGAGUUUUAGUGUUAAGUUGCUUUAGAUGACUACAUAAAGGGCAAUAAUUCGAGUGGUGGGAGGUGAUGCCCUGAUCAAGCUUUGUGUUUCACCUCUGAAUGACGAAUAGGUUGUCAUUUUUAUGUUAGAUUUGUCAAAAACAUUCUCAGGAGGCCAAACUAAUAGUUCACUCACCACCACGGAUAUUUCCCUUAAGUCACCAUAAGAAGAAGAAAAAAAAAAAAAACUUUUCCGUCCAUCUAACCAAUCACAGAGCUAAUGUUCCCCAUCCUAGCAACCGACAUCCAGUCAGAGCACACAAUCAGUCAGCCACUGAGCUGCAACAGCGUGGUGACAGGUGGGAAAGAGAUGUACAAACACAUUAACAAACACUACAAGUGCAUGCUGAGCUUCAGCGUCUGCAAGAGACCCCCAGAUGAUAAAUAGUUCAUGAUUAAACUUGCGCUUCUUUAAUUCCUCAGCCUGGAUGUCAUUACACAUUGCAUCCCAAAUGUGUGAUCCACUGAUAUUAAAAUAAGAUCCAGUCAAAGUUUGUUUUUGCCGAGUCAACGUAGAGUUUUCCUUUUGCCAAGACCAGCAAGUGUUUGGACUUAUUAAUAUGAUUUUGGAGAAUUGUGUUCAUAUAUCACAACCUGGUGGAGCAGCCAGCGUCUCAGUUAUGCGGAAAGGAAUGAAUUUAUUUGAUUUAUUUUCAAGUUGAGUGAAGCAUUCAGUUUCAAGAUUAGUUUAGAGAAAAAAUUAGAAUGGAGGCUGAGCUUAAGUCCUUUUAGAUUGACCGUCAGAGAGGUUGGCUGGAAGUGGAGAGAGCUAGUCUCAACCUUCAGGUUAGCAUCUACCUCAACAGGAGGAAACAUCUUAACUUUAAGGUAAUGCUUUUCAGUGGAUUUUUGUACUGUAUCUCAGUUUAACUCAGGGGUGGGUAAUCAUGUGCCAUGGAGGGCCGAGAGGCUGCAGGUUUUCUUUCCAACCCAAAACUCCACCAGGUGAUUUCACUGAUUACCUUACCUCCUAAUCAGGGACUAAUCAGUGAAAUCACCUGGUGGAGUUUUGGGUUGGAAAGAAAACCUGCAGCCUCUCGGCUCUCCAUGGCACAUGAUUGCCCACCCCUGGUUUAACUGGUUUAACUGACCUGUAACUAUGCUCAAUCAAGCAGCGUUUACUUAUUUACAUGACCUUGUGCCUGGAGACAAUGCUGUGUUAUAAGUCUGUUUCCAGUUGAUCUUCAUUAUAAGAUCCCUCAGUUAUGGUCUAAUGAAGAUAUGAACUUUGGUUCAAAUCUUGGAUUGAAGGGAAAAACCUUCUGAGUCAAAAGAGACAGUACGUCAUCUUCAUGUGAUGAGUCCCAGGUUUCUGAUAAAAGUCAGGGCCAAACAAGUCAGCCAAGGUGACAAUUAUCUGUAUUGAUAUAAACCCUUAGCUUCAUUGACAUUGAGGAGUUAAUACUUUCUGAAUCUUAAAAUCACUUUUGCCAAUAACUUCAGCAGCAUUUUCAAGAGAUACUCUGGAGCAGUGUUGUUUACUUCCCCCUCCAUCCAGCAUGAGUGCCAUUAAAACAAAAACAAAUCUCAGUAACAGACAUUCGCACACUGAGCCGUAUUUGACUUGAAUGCUACAAAUUUGAUUUGUUUUGGGUGUACCGCCAGCCCCACUGUUUUAUGAUGCAAUUUCUCUUUCUGUGUCAUUUUUCCUUCCUCGCUCUCCCAUGGCUUUCCUCGCACUCUCCCAGUGAGCCACAGUAAAUCUGUUUUAAUUCUUAUGUUGGACGUCUGGACUCAUUGAGACUCAUAAGCAGUUGAUGGCAGUGUGCUGAUUUUGCUUUAUAUCUUUUGAUAGGAAAUCCAUACCACUUUACAAAUAGCAUAUCAAGUUAACAUUAGCAUCCAGUCACUGUUGGCUGAAGUCUUAGAUAAAGAUAUCUAGGUAUCCCCUAAAGACGUUCUUAGAUUCUAUUUCUCCAUCAUAAAUAUUCCUGAAAGAUAACAAACAGAUCUCCAGGAUUCAUACAGCUGUUUCACUUUGCUGCCUGUAUAUUUCCCUGUUGUGUCAUAUAUAGUCAAGCACUGCUGCUUUUUGAUAUGUCAAUGCAGACUAGAUAUCUUUUUUAUCUAUUUACUAUUAAAGUCUGUAAUUUCACUCACAGCUGAAAGCUAGAUUUAUCAGUGUGUGGACACUUGAUCCAGUAGAAACCAAAAAGUAAAUUAAAAUCUUAAAUCAGGUUUUGAUUAUUUGUACUUUAAAACAUCUUCUGAGAGAGAUAAACUUGAACUGAAAUGAACUUAAAAUUGCUUGUUUUGACUCAGAUAAAAGAAUCUCUCUGUAUUUUAUGUGACUGCAAACAGGGACCACAUCCUUACAUCAAUACUGAAAUAAAAAAAGGUUAUAUUAUCCAGAAAAUAGACCUUAAAAGACAUCAAAUAAUGUGCUGAACCUAGUUUAAAAAACUUGUUUCAUACUGUAAAGAGAUGGCUGAAAGGAGCAGAGAGAGACAGGAGAGCAGCUAAGAUGCCUUCAAAAUGCAUGAAACCUCCUGACUGAUGCUGCCCUGCAAUCUGACAGUCACGCAGCAAUUGCUGCAAUCACACAUUUGAGUGAGGAAAACCUUAGUGUGCUUGUUGUGUAUGCAAUCGUUUGUGAGUGAUGGUGUGUAUUUGUGAAUAUAUCUGAGAUGGAAGGCUUGUUCCCUUUCAGUGGUUUGUCAUUAUGUCAACACAUAACAGCACAUGCCACUCCAAAUCAAUACUGAAGUCAGAGCGCUGAUUUAACUACUGCCUCUGCUGCUCCCAUACCUGUCCCUUUUUCUGACAAAGAAAUACAGUUUUCCCUUUUCUCAGCCUGCUUCCCUCCCUCACAAAAAUACAUAAAUUUAAUGCAGAUAUUGUGAGCUGAAAUAUAGCCAAGUUGUUGCAUUUUUACUCCUAGGACAUCAGAGGUACAAAGAUUGUGCUUUAAACUGGUUUCUCUUUAUCAGCCUCAAAAUAAAUGAAACAUUUGGCCCCACAUAAGACACCUCAGUGCUAAAACUGACUAAACUGUCAUGGCUGCUUUGGGAAAUUGCUUGUCAAUGAAAAUCAGAUAAUAAGAUGUAUAUGUUUACAGGAAUCAAACAAGACCCUACAUAUUAUUAUGUGUCUAUUUUCAUGGAAGUAUUUUAAAACACUGAGUGGGAGAAAAUCUAGCAACAGACCACAGACAAUAAUGUCAGUAAUAAAACACAGGUUUGUAGUAUAAUUGUCUGGCUAACACCUACACAAACAAACACACACACACACACACACACACACACACACACACACACACACACACACACACACACACACACACACACACACACACACACACACACAUUAAAAACCUCUUUACAGGAGCUUUAAAAAUAGAAAUUAAUCACCUACAUAUAGAGUAAUGCGAGAAAUUCGCACGGGAGUAAACUUUUGGAAAACUUCAUUUAGCACAACAAAGGAUUUUGUAGGUUUUUAGUCAUUAUAAUAUGCCAUUAGUCUUUCUGUCUUUCUAUUGGUCUGUUUGUCUGUCACCUCUCCAUCUGUCUUUGUUAAGAUGUGUUGCUAAAGUUAACAUUAUGGCUGUCAGACAAAAAAACAGACUGAGAGGCUACUGAGGCCACAAAAGUUCAACCGAGAGUGGGAAUUUUAACACAGUGCUACUCUCAAAACUUGUUUCUGUUUGUAACUACUUCUCUCUUUGUUUGCCCCUGUAUCGUUUCCUUCUUUUUUCCUUCACCCACCAUUAACUGCCCCAAUCUGUCCAAUUGUUUGGGACUUUCACCUUGUUACGAACUUUCAAAGGACGUUUUGCCCCCUGAGCUCAUUAUUUUCUACCCUGUUGUUUCUGCCCUCCCUUUUGUAGGAGCAGACCAAGAGGCAGGCCCAUUUGAUAAUAAAUCUAUUAAAACAGUAGAGGCAGAGAUAAUAAGCUCUAUCAGGCUUUCUCUGGGCCUUUAGAGCUGUAGGAGGAUGUAAGUAAAGGCAGAUCAGUCAAGAAGAGGACAAACAGAAGACAAACAGUGGCAGUUCUGGCACAGUUUAACACCAGGGGCCAGAGCAGGGCCAGCUGUCUGUUUACAGAGCCAGAGAGUUAAGUCACAAAGUUCCUUUCUCAUUUAAGAAGUCCCUUCUCCAGCUGUUAAAAUAAACCAUAGGGCCAAAUGUAGGAAUAUGAGCCUACAGUAUCCCUCUGAUAGCCUGAGUUUUUUCAGUUUCACAACAGCAGGUAUCUAUUGGCUGCUUCAAAACUUUUAAUGAAAAUACUCAUUUAACCUAGAGGUAAAAAGCACAGAUCCAAGAGGUCACAAUAACAAUAUUGAUGCGUUAAUUAUGAAAAAAAAAGGAAAAUUAAACUACAAUCAAUCAGAUUGAAAAGGGUAAAACAGGAAACCUUCAGGAUGUUGGGCCCGUUCUGUCACCGUUGCGUUCUGGCUCUGUCAGGCAGCACACGUUGUCGCCAAUUGAAAGUAUGUUUGGAGUGUAGCAGCAGCGUAAUGCAGCCCUAGUCGGCUGGACUCAGUAAAGGAAACAUCAUGCUCAUGACAGGUUACUUUGCCUGUCUGUGGUCAAUUUCCUGCUAAUUUGGAUAUCAGCAAUGACUGUUGAGCUUCUACUGUAUAUGAAUAAGCAGAGUGAUUUUAUAGUUUGGAUUUUAUGAAGUUAAUGUAUUGAGGUUCAGGAGCAGGACCACUAGGGAGAUGCAAACCAUUUUCGGUCCAGUUCUGCUCCUCGACCCACUUCCAUCCAGGUCAAAAGACCUAAUGCUGCAUCGGUGCAGCAUCCACAGCAGCCAGGCUUGGCAUAUCAGAUCGAACAAUUCAAACCCUCGGACGAUGGUCAUCUCAGGCAAACAACUCCUACAUCUGAAAUAAUCUCCAUGAUCUGCAUCAGGCCCACACUCAAUUAAGCCCCCUUUCAUUAUAACUCUUUGGGGGUUGGACUAAGCUCGGGCAGAGCUAAGCCUGAGAUGGAACCCUCAUCCUGAGUCUCUCCCUGCCAGGCCUCGACAGAACCUCCCAGACCAACCAGACAUGCAACAAUCCUCAUCAACCUCAUCAUCCAUCACAACAUACACACAUCGAACAAGAUACACACACUCCUGAAUUUGUAUGAAAUAUUCAAACUUACAUCGUUUUGGCAUGGUCAUUGCUAGUGAAAUGAAGUUAACGUGUUAACUAAGGUUCAGGAGCAGGAGCACGCCUCACCACACCUUCAAUCACCUGACUACUUAUACACAGCCAGCCCACUACACUCUGUUUGUCUGCAAUUCUCUGACCACCCCCACCCCCACCCCCAAGCACUAAUUUAUGUCCUCUCCCCCUUUUUGACACUGCAACUGUGUCUUAAAGACAGACACCAUAUUAAUAACUUCAUCAUUUCUAUAUUGUAUCACAAACACACGGCAUCACAUCCAUCCAUUCAUUCAAUUCAAAGCUUCACGCACCAAAGCCUCGGGGUGUCUUUGGUUUAUCACUCUGCCUGUUUUACAUUUAUUGUCCACUUGAUGGCACAGUAGAGCAAAUGAAGCACGAUCAUGAAGCUUCGGCCUAGGAGUUGAGUAAUUGGAUGGAAAGCUUCGAUGCUUCAUGAGCAUAGACUGUAUAAACUAUGGACAACUUGGUUCCGCCUAGCGCCUGUAUACGGAUUUGAAGCCAAAUAGCUCUCGGUAUUUCCUGGAUUUUUCUUCAUUUCCUGAAACCAGCGCUGCGCAGUAGCGAUGCGCAUAUUCGCUGAGAGUCACUGUGGUGACGCUCGGCUCAAACAGCGUAUCCCCUGGGAGAGCUAUGCUAUCCCUGAACGCCCAUAGUCUGUAUCAGGUGUCAAUCAUAGAAAACAUGAACCUCCUAAUAACUUUUAAAAACGGAGCUUCACAGAAAAAAGAGGACCUGAGCACAAACCAGUCUUACUGUAACUACAUGUCAACAUCACAAUCAAGGGGGAGAAAAAUUUAUAUUAUAUUAUAUAUUAUAUAAAUUUCUAAAAUUUGUCCACAGCUCCAUAAGCUUUGCUGGCGGAGGCCGGAUUUAUGACCUAUACUGCAGCCCGUCACCAGAGGGUGCUGUUCUCGAAGUGGCUUCACCAUAGACUGUAUAAAGAAUGGACAGAGUCUGCCUCCUUGCUGGGUGAAGCCACUAAGUUGUCCAUAGUAUAUUAACCCUUUGAUGCACAACAUAUCCACACCCCCUCUAAUGCGCAACAUGGGUCUAAAAAGACCCGCAUUCAUUUCCAAUGGUAUUUCAUGCUGGCUGAGUUUUUCUUUGUUCUAUCUUUUGAAAUAAGUUUAUUUUCUGAUUGAAUAUUCCAAGUAUUCUUUAAAUAUCUUGUUUUUGAUCACCACUGAUCAUUAUUUCUAUUUUUCUUUUCAUACUUUAUGAAAUAAUAUAGUUUCUAUAUUUUUACAUCAAGUUUACACACAUGGGUCAAAAACGACCCAUUCAUCCAAGUGUGAUUUAAUAUUGAAUUACCUAACACUAUAAUAAUAAUUUGUUUCAAGUAAUGAAAUUAGCAGUGAGUGGGGCCAAACCAUAGACUGUAUAUACUAUGGACAACUUGGUUCCGCCUACCGCCUGUAUACGGAUUUGGAGCCAAAAAGCUCUCGAUAUCUCUGGGAUUUUUCUACAUUUCUGAAACCAGAGCUGCGCAGUUGCAAUGCGUGCAUUUGGCCGCGCAGUCGCUGAGAGUCGCUGUGAUGACGCUCGGCUCCAACAGCGUAUCACCCCAGGAGAGCUACGCAAUCCCUGAACGCCCAUAGGCUGUAUCCAUAGACUGUAUAUACUAUGGACAACUUCGUUCCGCUUACUGCCUGUAUACAGAUUUGAAGCCAAAAAGCUCUCGAUAUUUCCAGGAUUUUUCUUCAUUUCCUGAAACCAGCGCUACGCAGUAGCAAUGCGCGCAUUUGGCCGCACAGUUGAAGAGAGUCGCUGUGAUGACACUCGGCUCAAACAGCAUAUCCCCUGGGAGAGCUACGCAAUCCCUGAACGCCAAUAGGCAGUAUCAGGUGUCAAUCAUAGCAAACACGAACCCCUAAUAACUUUUAAAAAUGGAGCUACACAGAAAAAAAGAGGACUUGGGCACAAACCAGUCUUACUGUAACUACAUGUCAACAUCACAACCAGGAGGGAUAAAAAUUUAUGUUCUGUGUAACACAUUUUUUAAGUUUGUCCACAACUCCAUAAUCUUGCUGGCGGAGGCGGGAUUUAUGACCUAUACUGCAGCCCAUCAACAGAGGGUGCUGUUCUCGGAGUGGCUUCACCCAGCGAGGAGGCAGACUCUGUCCAUUCUAUAUACAGUCUAUGUCAGGUACUGUCAAUCAUAGAAAACAUGAAACCCCAAAUAACUUUUAAAAACAGAGCUGUACAGAAAAAAGAGGACUUGAGAACAAACCAGUCUUACAUUAACUACAUGUCAACAUCACAAGCAGGGGGGAGAAAAAUUUAUGUUCUGUGUAAUAAAUUUCUAAAGUUUGUCCACAGCUCCAUAAGGUUUGCUGGCGGAGGCGGGAUUUAUGACCUAUACUGCAGCCUGUAAACAGGGGGUGCUGUUCUCGGCUUCACCAAGCAAGGAGGCAGACGCUGUCCAUUCUAUAUACAGUCUAUGGGCCAAAUACUUAUGUAUUUUGUAUCAGCAACAUGUUUAUUUGUCAUUUUGUCACAUACACAUGCAUCUGAUUAUAGCUAGCUGAAAUAACGCUAGCUGUUUUACCUGUAACUGUGUAACUUUCCAACAUGUAAUGUCCUCACUCUCAAGGUAACCUAAACCUAAUCAAAUCAAAUCUAUGUACAAUUAUAUUUCACAAUUGUCAUCCAAUAAUUUCUAAGAUAAUGUCAGAACAAUUGAAAAACCAUACUUACAUGUAUUAGAUGGUCUUUUCAUGCUAAAUGCUACAGUCACUGUAUGUGGGUCGUUUCUGACCCAUGUAUGUAAACUUGAUGUAGAAAUACAAAAUCUGUGCUUUCUCAUAACGUAAGAAAGGAAAAAUAAAAAUGAUUAUUUGUGCUCGACUAAAACAAGAUCUUUACUGCAUACUUGGAAUAGUAAAUGAUAAAAUUAAUUUAUUUCAAAGAUAUACCAUAGAAACACUCAGCCAUACAUGAAAUAACAUUGAAAAUGGAUACGGGUCAUUUUAGACCCAUGUUGUGCAUUAGAGGGGUAGUGAUACAAAAACGGUUUUUAUUCUAAAAUUAAAAAAAGAAAAAUUAAUAUAAGGAUGUAGGGUCGUCAAAAACAAGUUAAUUGAGGAAUUCCUUGAGUACCGACUGAUGGAAUUAAUUUUUUUAAAAGAUAUAUAAAAUUUAAACUCAGCCGGGUCUUUUUUGACCCAUGUUGCGCAUCAAAGGGUUAAGUCUCUGCUCGUGUCUCUGCUCUGCACCAAGUCAACUGUGCCAACCCUGGAUUGAAAGCAAAAUGUUCUAAUAAUUUGAUUUGGGGUUCGUUUUUUCCAUCAGAGUAGUCAUCUUCAGUUAAUCCCAUCUAUCUUGAUAUGUCAAUCAAUCCAACCAAUCCAAUCAAUCGAAGGCAACGUUUUAGCCAAUUACAGGUGAAGGGGGGCGGGCCGCUUUCCGAGUUAAAGUUAAAAAAUUCAUAGACGGACUCGGCGCGGCGGAAGGCGGACUCGCUGGUAAGCAUGGAAAAAGUGGAUAUAAGAGGUUUUUCUGUUCGUCAAAAAAGGAAGAAAAACACAGACAGGAGAAAGCAGGACGUAGCGGCAGCGCCACACAGCUCCAGUUUUAGGAAGUGAAGCACCGAAGCCAACUGUCACACCGGAGUCAACAUUCAUGCUAGCCGAGGGAGCAGCAGCAUAGACAUAAUAAAGGGUAGACCCCGCUGGGGGUGCUGCGCAGCGAGAAAUGCGGCCGCCAUCUUGGUCAGGUCAAGCCUCCCAUACGCUCCGGUCAAUCAUAUUCAUUCAUUCAUUCAUUCAGCGAUGCCGGAGCACUGUGCGGCGUAUUCCUGUGCCAACAGGCGGACAGCAGAGAACAGGGCUCAAGGAAUAACUUUUCACAGUUAUGAUUAAACGUUUUUUCAACAUUACACUUGACUGUAGAGUCAUUUGUAGGCCAAAGAGGAAGACUAUCGGUCAACUCCAAAAAGGAAACAGCAUUUGCGAACAGCUAGCUUAUUCACAAUAACAGCAACUUUGCUCUGUUAUCAACAGAUUUGCAUUAGAUUGAAAAACUUUUGUUUGAGAGAGGUUCUAAGAAACGUUAAGAAAUAAAAUGGAAAGAAGAAGGAAGAAAGUGAGCUCUGUUUUAUUAUCUGUUUUAUUAAAGAUUUCUUUGUGGUGAUCUCCUGUUUCAUUUUGAAGAUUUCCUAAGGACAAAAACUUGAGGAAGAAGUGGGAGAUUGCUGUUAGAGGGAGAAAUUCGCAGCAAGUGAUUCCUCUGUGCUGUGUAGCCAACAAGCAAAUUGAUAUGUAGUUUAGAUGCUGUCCUGUCAUGCUGUUCUUGUGUUUAAAUUGUUUUGAUAUGUAGGCUAUAUAUUUGUGUGUAUUUUCCAGUUAUUAAAAUAGUGCUUCUAUAUGACAUUAUUUGUGUGUGUCUACAAAUGGAUAAAUAAAAUUAAACUAAAUAAAAUAUAAUCAAAUCAAUAUAUAUUGAAUUGGCCUUUUAAAACCGCCAGUUAUUAAUAAUUAUUGAGACAUAGCAGGAACCUAGCUCUAAACCUAGAUAUAUCCUUGAUUAAUUGUUAUACUAUAAUACAGCCACUGCUGCCAUGUUCUAAAAUAUCAUUUUAGUUAUUCUGAGUAUUUAAAAACGCCAAAAAAAAAAUAUGACCUCUAUCAUGCCUCUUUGAAUGGCGUUUGCAGAGAGGAAAAUUACGUAGUAUUGAGCGAACUAUGAUUCAUUAAAUGCGCUCAGACUUCAUUCCGCCAGUUAAACAGCGGUGCAGAGUAAGGCGGAUGACCGGACCAAGAUGGCGGCCGCAUUUCUCGACAGCGCCCAUUCGUGGUAGCGGCCGAUGCGGGGUCUAUCUUUUAUUAUGUCUAUGAGCAGCAGGAGCAGCGAGACCCUCCUGCCUGGAAACGUAAGUGAUGACGCCGAUGUCGUGAAUAACAGCACAUUACUGCAGCUUCGCGGUAACAUUACAGCUGCGAGGAACAGCAGCAAGGCAGCUUCAUUCUGCUCCUGGUGCUCACUAGCUGCUGUACCUCCUCCCCUAACAUGAAUGUCUACUCCGGUGUGACUGUUGGCUCGGUGUUUAGGUUCCUGCCAAUACUCCCGUUUUCCCCGGGACUCUCCCGUAUUUCAGACCUAUCUCCCGCCCACCUCCCGUAUUGUCAUUUUUCCUUAGAAUCUCUCGUAGUUUGAUGGUCCACGUUCAUUCAUGAAUCGGAUCACUAUAUUUGUCCAACGUUGCCAGGUUUCCAGACAACUGAAGAGUGUUUCUGCUGAGCCUCACAGACACUGGAUUGACACUUUUACUUCACAACUUGGGAUGGUUUAGGUUGGUUAAAGCUGUAAACUAUAUUUAAGCAAUGUUUGUUGCAAAUGAAGACUUUAAUGAAAGGGAAACAAACAAGAGCUAUAGUAUUUCCGUUGAUAGCUUGCACCGUCUUGGAGUGAUGCGUUUAGGACAGCCUCAGAUGAAAGAGUGCUUUAUUGCAUGCAUAUGUUCAGAGAGCCAUCCAUGCAGUUUUUAUUUUGUUUGUUCAUGAUAUUGGCUAACAUUAUUUCGUGAAAGCAUCAAUUCACAUUACAGUCUCCUGCACUUUACUUGUCAUACACACAGAGGACGGCUCUGGCUCAGUGAGUCAGUCACAGCUCAAUAAAAAGGUCAGGGGUUCAAUCCCAGGACCUGCUGUCCACAUACUAAUGUGUCCUUGGACAAGAUACUUGACUCUACCUGGUCACGUGGCUUGCUGGGGUCUGGCAACGCUGCCCUCAGCAGCUCAGUGGAACUUUUUCAGGGCUGGACUCCAGUUAUCGAGGGUCUGCUGCACAAUUAACACUCAGUUCUCCAAUGACAGGGACAGAAUUAAACCUGACAUCCCUCCAGUUUGUCUCUUAUCCCCCGUGUCCUCUUCAUUCUUGGUGUCCUGACCAACAUUCUGUAAAUCUUUUGGCUGCAAUAUGAAUGAUUAGAUAAUUUAGAUCAUUUGUCAUCUGAGCUAACAUUAGUGUCCUUUCCAAUCAACUUGAACUCACUUUAAAAUACUUCAGUAACUUAAACAUUACUCACUGUUAUAGAAAUUUGUUGAAGUUAAGUUAGAGGUGUGGACGAAAGCUGUCAGCCUUCCAAUGCAGGUUGAGAUGACAGCAGACUUUUAGCAGAACUUUAAGCUGGAGGCACAAAAGUUAUUCUUUAAUUCACUUCAAAUUUAAUUCAAAUCACUUUUUUUGUCCCCCAGGGGAAAUUAAAAAGGGCAUGACGACAGCUUAAAGGGACAUACAAACAAACCACACAAGUGGACAUAACGGUCAAUAACAGACAUUUAACAUUUAAAGUGUGUGUAUUAAAAGUGCAUUUAGCCAAAGAAUCAUAAAAACAAAUAAAUCAAUGAAAAGAUGAAAUAGCUUAAAAAGAUUAACUGCACAAGUGGAGGAUGAGACUCAUGGUUGCCAUUAGAGGCAAAGACUUAUGGAAAAUUCUCACCUCACAGUCUUUACAAGGAGCAGCAACAGGAGGCAGACGGUGUAGUUGUUCUGAGGCUAAAACUUUCUCUGAGACUCUGCUGGUCAGGGUAGUGGUAGAGGACUUGGCUUACAUAGGCAGUGACGCUCUAACUUGCAAAGAUCAACCACAAUGUAGAAAGGUAAUGGAGAAAGGUACUGCCAGAAUUCACUGAAAAAUACUUAUCUUAAAGGUUUUGAAGGCAGCUUGUUGUCCAGUGAUGGUAGAGACUCAUGUUGGAUGUCAUUUGGCAGAGAUCACUUUUAUACAUGUGGACUGCAGCUUUGAGUGAUGACUACAGUUGUGGCCCAGUGCAGUUUGUUGACAAAGACUGAAGUUGGAAGCACUGGUGGCAGCUUCCUCCAAGAAAGAUCACAGGCGAAGGUAGAGGCUGAUGUUUGCAUCAGGCUUGUGGAGAUUUCUGUUGAAGGAAUUGACAACAGCUUAUUGUUCGUUAUUGACAGUAGUCUACUCUGGAAGACUGUGAAGCAGCUCUUUAAUGUGUUUUGCAUUUUAAGAAUGUGACUGACAUUUUUGCAGGUGUUAAGAAGAUAGCUAAUGUUUGAUAGGAAUCCUUGGCAUUAAUGCUUUAUACUGUUUUUAGUAUAAGUUAGGGACUGCUCUUAAAUACUUACAUGUAAGGCAGUGAUUGUAGCUUUCUUAAAUAUUUUCAGCAUGUGGUAAAAGAGGCUGGUUUGGAGGUGAUGCGUUUAGCUGCCACAGUUUAAGGUCACUUGCACAUUCUUUCUUAGGAAGUGAUGGCAGCCAGUGUAUCCCAAAGACUGCAGAUGGAGGUAUUAGUUCAAUUUGUUUGCCUCUGACUGCAUGUAAUAAAGGGUAAGGUUUCUGUGCUGCUAGAGUCUGGAGCUGAAGACAAUGAUGGCAGUUUUUGUUUAUAUUUCAUUUACAUGUGUUCAUUUACAUUUAAAAAUCCAGAGAACAAUUCUUUCACUGUCCUGUCCUGUGUCAAUAAUCGGUGUAAAAAAAAAAAAGACGCUUAAAACGCACCUCAGACUAAACCACUGCCAAAAAUUCCAGGCUUUUAGGUCAUAAAUACACCCAGGGCGCAAUAACCAAAGCACAAAGAUGUUAUUUUAACCAUCUAGUCCAACCUGUUAAACAUCAUCUCCAUCAACUUCUACCUCAAUGACUGGGAAAAUAUUUACUUUGAUUCUUGAAUGCUUUCAACUUUUAAUUAAUAGUCCCAAAUAAGUGCUGAACUCGUACUCAACACAUGAAGCUAAAUAAUCAAUGUCUUUCCAAAUCAAAAUCCUGUUAUCUAUAAUGCCACUGCAAAGACCCGUGAAUAAUCAGUUUUAUAAGGUGGCUACAUUUAGUGCAGUUAACAAUAUCAGGUGUUGUUAUGCAUGCAAGUAAUUUCACUUAUUACAGUUUUAAAAAUCUAACAACGACACUUCAUGUUCCUGCAAUUCUUGGAAAAGCUUACAAAUGGUUUGAAAGCUGAAAAAGCAAUGCUAAACUGCUAAUAAAACAUGGAGAAAGGUAUAAAUGUAAAAGCUGUUGAAGGGUUUUUUUUUCACCCCUUCAACAGCUUUUACAUUGCAGUCGAUGGACUCACCCGGAGGUCUUCAUACAAACAAGCAGCUGCUGCAAGAGAGAGGGUGAGUUGUGUGAAACAAGAAAUCAGGCAAGCUAAAAAGGUGUUGAUGAAGUUGGGUGCUGUUCUGAGCAUUAUUUGUGGUUAUAGAGUGGUGUUUUGGUUGAGCGUGUGACUCUCUGUAUUGCUAUCUGCGGACUUUACUUAAAUAAAGCAAGCGGUCGGCAACAUUCAUCUCUCGGGGUGUCUAACUCGGUGUUAAGGUGUGUUUGACCCUAACUUAACUGCUUUUAAGAAUGAACGCUAUUUUCUUGAACCUCCUCGCUCUGACGUCUUCUGUGUAAAGACAGUCUCUAGAAGCGAUACUAGCUAGAAAUGCUCUACAGCAACACCAGCAGCUGGCUGACCUCCUCGCUCUUCCUGCCGAGCAGAACAAGGGGGAAUUUAAUGAGACUUAAUAUAUCGUUACUUGCGGCUGAAAAAUCAAAACUUUCUGAGGAAAAAAGAAAACAAUACUUUAGAAUUGAUAAAAUUGCUCAGCCCUAGCUCAGUGUGGGCCUGGUUCCUGCUGCUUCUGCAUCCAUAGACCUGCAGUUUCAUUUCUCCUGCCUUUUUUUUUUCACUGUAAACUUGGUGAGAACUAUGAGCAGAAACAUUGAGCAUUCAUACCAAGUUGCAUGCAGAAUAGCCUAGUGCGAGACACUUCACAUUCAUGCCAGAUUAUAUUCAGGUUUUGUACACAAGCAAAAUAAAUGAGACACUGACAAAGUGACAAAAAGUGUUUGAGAUAUUUUAAGUUUCUUCUUCAAUUAUCUAACAUCCAAGAAAAAACUAUUAGGGCUUUUGCAUCAGCAUGUGUUCAUUUACAUUUAAAAAUCCAGAGAACAAUUCUUUCACUGUCCUGUCCUGCGUCAAUAAUCGGUGUAAAAAAAAAAAAAGACAGUUAAAACGCACCUCAGACUAAACCACUGCCAAAAAUUCCAGGCUUUUAGGUCAUAAAUACACCCGGGGCGCAAUAAUCAAAGCACAAAGAUGUUAUUUUAACCAUCUAGUCCAACCUGUUAAACAUAUUAUAUACCACCCUUUAAUGAAAGGGAUAGGUUUAUUUUUGCUUUUAUGUGACACUGCAUGAGGUACUUCACAGGGAAUUGCCUUUCAGUUUGAGCACUUCGUUGAUGUUUCUCCAAUUGCUUUUGAAUACACCGCCAGCGUGCACAUGGCAGCUCCGGUUAGAGGGAGAGGUAACUUUCUUAAUUUUUCGUUCUGAGUCUGACUCACACCUACCGUCAAGUGAAACUUCUGAGGAAAGUGGAAGUUUCGGCUGAAACAUGUCAAGGUACAUGAAAAGAAAACAUGUCUGCGAUAAAAGAAAAAAGAAAACUACAUCUUAGAGAUUGAAAAUUUCUUAAUUCUAUUGUAUCACAUCCAGUAUGGAGUAGGCAGACAUACUAAGGAAACACAUUGCAUAUAGUAUUGUUAUAUUUAAAGGCAGUUAGGUGGCAUGCUUUACUAGAAAAAAGCAAAUUCAACUUCUACCUCAAUGACUGGGAAAAUAUUUACUUUGAUUCUUGAAUGCUUUCAACUUUUAAUUAAUAGUCCCAAAUAAGUGCUGAACUCGUACUCAACGCAUGAAGCUAAAUGAUCAAUGUCUUUACAAAUCAAAAUCCUGUUAUCUAUAAUGCCACUGCAAAGACCAGUGAAUAAUCGGUUUUAUAAGGUGGCUACAUUUAGUGCAGUUAACAAUAUCAGGUGUUGUUAUGCAUGCAAGUAAUUUCAUUUAUUACAGUUUUAAAAAUCUAACAACGACCCAAAAUGUUGUAUAAAAAUGCAAAAAAGCCAGAAAUGUAAUAAUCUUUCAAUAAUGUAACAAAAGUGUUGAGCCUAAAAUGUAAUAUAAACAAUGUAAUAAACCCAAAAGGUAUGACUGACCCAAAAUGUUGUUACAUUAUCGACCAGUUAUUACAUUUCAGGUUUUAUCAUGUUUAUUUUUUUUUUAUAUAACUUUUUCGGUCAUUGUUACAUUUUGGGUCAUUUUUACAUAACAAAAAAAGUUACUAACACUUCAUGUUCCUGCAAUUCUUGGAAAAGCUUACAAAUGGUUUGAAAGCUGAAAAAGCAAUGCUAAACUGCUAAUAAAACAUGGAGAAAGGUAUACAUGUAAAAGCUGUUGAAGGGUUUUUUUUUCACCCCUUCAACAGCUUUUACAUUGCAGUCCAUGGACUCACCCGGAGGUCUUCAUACAAACAAGCGGCUGCUGCAAGAGAGAGGGUGAGUUGUGUGAAACAAGAAAUCAGGCAAGCUAAAAAGGUGUUGAUGUAGUUAGGUGCUGUUCUGAGCAUUAUUUGUGGUUAUAGAAUGGUGUUUUGGUUGAGCGUGUGGCUCUCUGUAUUGCUAUCUGCGGUCUUUACUUAAGUAAAGCAAGCGGUCGGCAACAUUCAUCUCUCGGGGUGUCUAACUCGGUGUUAAGGUGUGUUUGACCCUAACUUAACUGCUUUUAAGAAUGAACGCUAUUUUCUUGAACCUCCUCGCUCUGACGUCUUCUGUGUAAAGACAGUCUCUAGAUGCGAUACUAGCUAGAAAUGCUCUACAGCAACACCAGUAGCUGGCUGACCUCCUCGCUCUUCCUGCCGAGCAGAACAAGGGGGAUUUUAAUGAGACUUAAUAUAUCGUUACUUGCGGCUGUAAAACCAAAACUUUCUGAGGAAAAAAAAAAACAAUACUUUAGAAUUGAUAAAAUUGCUCAGCCCUAGCUCAGUGUGGGCCUGGUUCCUGCUGCUUCUGCAUCCAUAGACCUGCAGUUUCAUUUCUCCUGCCUUUUUUUUUUUUUUCACUGUAAACUUGGUGAGAACUAUGAGCAGAAACAUUGAGCAUUCAUACCAAGUUGCAUGCAGAAUAGCCUAGUGCGAGACACUUCACAUUCAUGCCAGAUUAUAUUCAGGUUUUGUACACAUGCAAAAUAAAUGAGACACUGACAAAGUGACAAAAAGUGUUUGAGAUAUUUUAAGUUUCUUCAAUUAUCUAACACCCAAGAAAGACUAUUAGGGCUUUUGCAUCAGCAUGUGUUCAUUUACAUUUAAAAAUCCAGAGAACAAUUCUUUCACUGUCCUGUCCUGCGUCAAUAAUCGGUGUAAAAAAAAAAAAAAAAGAUGGUUAAAACGCACCUCAGACUAAACCACUGCCAAAAAUUCCAGGCUUUUAGGUCAUAAAUACACCCGGGGCGCAAUAACCAAAGCACAAAGGUGUUACUUUGACCAUCUAGUCCAACCUGAUGGUGAUGAUGAUGAUGGUCUAAUUGGCCUUUGUAGCUCAUAUGGAAGAGAAUACAUAAAGAUAGUAGUCUAUUUAAUUUCCUUUCAGGGAUCAAUAAAGUUCUUCUUUUUCUUCUUCUUCUUCUUUUGAGGUGGGCCAAAAUAAAAAUAAAAUGAAAUACAAAUGAUAAUUCAUAGCCAAAAUUGCAUUGACCCCAAUGUUGAUCAUUUUUGACCCAGUUAUGGAAGAGUGCAGGAUUCAGGAAGUCAGGCAUGUAAGGGAAACGCAAUCCUGUUGGCUGUCAUGUCAGCCAAUGACAGCAUCAAGGAAGUAGCUUUGGUUAUAAAAAUCACUAAUACGCUCAUACUAAACACAACACUCUGACACAGGGAUCAAGGUAAGAUUAAGACAUAAUAAAAAUUAAAGAAAAACUUAUUUAUUAUUUUGCUAAACCUUAAAGAACAAGAAGUUUGCAUGAGUUGGUAAAGUCUUAAAUUGUACUUGAUUUAAUUGAUAUUUAAAGAGUGCAUUUGUUUUUGUAUUAGAUGGCGUUGCUGCUUCUGUUGGUGAUGCUGACCGCAUGUGCUGCUCUUCCUCAAGGUAAAAAUACAUACCUUCAUUCUUUAAUACAGACAACAGCAAAAUGAAACACACUGGAAACAAUCAACCUCACACAAGCAUAGGACAAAAUAUAAAUAUGCUUGCUGUUGAUGAUAACAGGAAUAAGGACAACAGUUUGGCAAAACAUGAGUGACAAAUUUGUGUCAGAUGAGACUAAUUCAUUUUAUUUAAUGUUUUUCAUCACCUCGCAGAUUAAGUUUUGGGUUUUUCCGUUAAAAAUGCUGUUAUUCUUGAUUGUUUACGUGUGCACUAGAAUUUGUAAUUAUAUCAUUCAGAUAAUGUAAACAGGCAAGGAGUCAGACUCCAUAGCUGCUCUUCAGCUGUCAAGCACUCCUCAGAUGAUGACUUACACACUGGUACAUACAUUUACCAGUAAGACGAAUGUGUUUAUUUUGUGCUUCAAUGAUUCAUAUGAUAGAAGUAAUGAAUAAAUGAGAUGGUGAUUUGCUAGAAUAUUGAAAACUGCAUGGCUGAAUUCAUGUAUUGAGACUAAAGUAAUGAUUUUGUUAAAUGGUACACAUGUAACAGUAGACUCCUGUUGGUCUGAAACUGUGUGAUUUGUGUUAAUAGUUUUUGUCAUAGUUUCUUUGUGUUUUGAUUUCUUUCUUUAUCUUAGAUAUGUCUGGUAAGAUGUUUACCUUCCCACAAGAGUCAAAGACGGCAUAUGUGAGGCUGACAACACCAAGACAGAGUUUGAGCGCUGUGACCCUCUGUCUGAGGUAGUGCCAUAUAUGCAGAAAUGUCCUUGAAUAAAAAUAAUGAUCAUAGAUAUCCUUAUGAAAUCAGCAGGACUGACAAUAUUGUUUUUUUGUUUGUUUUAUCUCCACAGAACCUUUACAGACUUGGAUAGAGGUCAUGCCCCCUUCUCUCUAGCAACACCUGGUGUUGCCAAUGCCUUCGUGAUUUUCGGAUCUGCUAAAGAUAAUGAGGUUACCAUGUCAGUAAGGAACAAGGAGGUUCGAUUCAGAGAACUGGGCUACAAGACGAACACAUGGCACUCAUUUUGUUCCACAUGGGACUCUGGCUCUGGUGUGGGGCAAAUUUGGUUGGAUGGAAAGCCCUCCAGCAGGAAGUACAUCAACUCUGGAUCAAACAUCACUGGGCUCAUUAACAUUGUUCUGGGACAGGUACACUCUUUUAACAAUAUGGGAAAUUACAUUAAUUAGCCCAGAGUGUGUUAGCACAGAUUACCCUAAAGACUAGAAAUACAAACAACAAUGUAUUCUGACUAAGCCUUUGUUAGGGUCAGUGACUGUCGUAAGUCACAGUUGGAUUAUCAGUUUUCUCAUCACCUGUGUCCACUCCAAUCUCUCUGCAGAAGGCAAAAGUUAGCCGACUUCUAUGGCCUGCAAUUUUCACUCUUUGAAAAUAAUCUUUGAUAGGCAGUCAGCACCAUGAACCACAGCAAAAGUCAUGCUAAAUGCCCAAUUAGAACAAAACCGAAAGCACUGACGCCUAGAAUGAGUCCAGAGAUUAAACUGGCUGUAUGGAUGAUACAUAGUGAACCAACAAAAUCCACUUUUCACUCAAAAUGAUCCCAUCCCAUACCUAUUAGGUUAGAUAUACUGAAAAAUACCCCAACAGUUACUGAUAAAGCAAUGAUGUAAAUAAACCCCUUUAUUUUAUUCUCUCUGAUAUAAAAGUCAACAUUUUACAAAGGAGGAUAAAAAAAUGAACAAAUAAUUUUUUUUAAACUCUGGCUUUUUUCUCAGAGUGGGACUUCAAUCUCAUUAAUCUCUGAGAUUUAAAUCAGAGUUCUGACUUUUUUACUACUAAUAUGCUAAUAUUUAAAUCUGUAUUUAGAGUAUAAAUUUCAUAACAAUGUAACAACUGUCUCUUGAACUUUUGCAAUUUCUACAGGACCAGGACGAACAUGGCGGAAGGUUUAACGCCAAACAGUCAUUUGUUGGCAUGAUGUCUGAUGUCCACAUGUGGGACUACACCCUCUCCCCCUGUUAGAUUCAAUGCUACAUCAAUCGCGUGUCCUUCACCUCAGGCAAUGUGCUUGACUGGAAGGCGUUAUCGUUUCAGACCUUUGACAGGGUUCUGAUCGAAGAUCAACAAGAGAACUGUCUCCGCUGAAAUUUUUCUUAUCCCGGCUUCUCCCAUGGUAUCUCGGCCUGCCUUUGAGUGUUGUUAAUUGAAACUUUUACCUGUGAAUGUGUGAUUUACCUGAAAUUAAUACCUGCUCCCCUCCUCUCUCCUCCAGUGCCUUCAUGAGCCUCUUGAGCCAAGCCCCUCUGCCAUGCUACAAUAACUUAGAUCAUUCACCUCACCUCACCUUGGAGCUUCCGCACACCUCAGACCUUGGGACCCCCCCACCCCAUCCCCUCCC